AUGGCACCGUACGAGGCACUGUGUGGCAGAAAAUGCAGGUCACCUAUAGGCUGGUUUGAUGUGGGUGAAACUAAGUUGAUUGGCCCAGAUCUGAUUCAAAAAGGGAAGCUUAGUCUGAGAUACAUCGGGCCUUAUCAGAUUAUCCGUAAAGUAGACAAGGUUGCCUAUGAGUUGGACCUACCAGCUGAUUUAGACGCAGUACAUCUGGUAUUCCACAUGUCUAUGCUUCGCAAAUUCAUUGGCGACCCUUCUAGAGUAUUUCUCGUGCAGGACAUUCAGGUGACUGAAGAAUUAUCCUACGAGGAACAGCCAAUGGCUAUCUUAGAUCGUCAGGUAAGGAGAUUGCGCACUAAAGAUGUAGCCUCUGUCAAGGUAUUAUGGCGCAAUAAUCACCGAGAAGAAAUGACGUGGGAGGUUGAGGAAGAAAUAAAGAAGAAGUAUCCUCAGUUGUUUUCUGCACCCACAGAUACUAAAGAAGAUAGAGCACUACCUGUUGUAGCUGCUUUAGCUGAGUGUUCUCUUCCAUUUUCACCUCCUUUAGCCAACAUCUACAGGAUUUGA